UAGAAGCUUUACUUCAAUGUGAAACAUUGCAAAUAAUUUUGCGCAAAAAAUUCCUACUUUGAAAUUUCGCGUUAAGGGCAGCUAAUAUUAGAAUGUCUUUUUCUGCACAGGUGUUCUCUCUUCUCUGGAACAAUUUUCUAAUUUCUCUCUCUUUGGUAUGUUUAAUACUGAUUUUGUUGGUAGUAUGUUAUUUUGGAGGAGUUAUAGGACCUACAAAUCCAUUCGUCAACAGCAAGACUAUUCCAUUGAAGCCGCAUGAGACAAACCAAAAUGUGAGAGAUAAAAGACUGAAGCAGGGUUUCACUUCAAAGAAGAUUCCUGAAAAUCUUGAUGCAAUAGUGAUUGGCAGUGGUAUAGGUGGGCUUGGUAGUGCAGCGAUUCUCAGCAGAGCUGGGAAGAGAGUUCUUGUACUGGAGCAACAUGACCAGGCGGGAGGAUGCUGUCAUACAUUCAUUGAUAAGGGUUUCGAAUUCGAUGUUGGUCUCCACUAUAUUGGCGACAUGGGCUAUGGCAGUGACUUGAGAUGUCUGAUGGAUGAACUCACCCAGGGCCAAUUAACAUGGGGACAUCAAGGCUCUGUGUUUGACCAGGUGACAGUUGGAAAAGAGAAGUUUCCAAUUCACCAUGGAUUUGACAACUUCCACAAAGGUCUUGUCAAGGAGUUUCCUGAAGAGGAGGAAGCAAUUACCAAAUAUGUUCAACUUCUUAAGAAAAUUCAGAAGAAUAAUCCUUGGAAUGGGAUCAUAAAGAUGCUCCCUAAGUGGCUGACGUCCUUUCUGAUCAACUCUGGUCUUCUGGAUCAGUUGACUUGUAUCUUCAAAUACUCAGAUAUCAAAGCUGUUGAUAUCAUUCGAGGGUUAACAAAUAAUAGGAAACUGGAGGCAGUACUUCUUUAUAACUUUGGGGAUUAUGGUAACUUACCAAUGGAAACCAACAUGAACAUCCAUUCAAUGGUGCAGCUCCACUUUAUACAAGAUGGUGGUUAUUUCCCCCAGGGCGGGAGCAGUGAGAUUGCCUAUACCAUGAUCCCCACCAUUGAGGCAGCAGGGGGCGCUGUCUUAGUGAGGGCACCGGUCACUCAGAUUUUAGUGAAUGAGCAGGGACAGGCAUAUGGUGUAAAGGUUAAGAAGAAUGGAGAUGAAGUUGAGAUACAUGCGCCAAACAUAAUAUCAGAUGCUGGGAUAAUGAACACAUUCAACAAGUUACUUCCAAAACAUAUUACAGACAAUUCAAGUUAUUUCCAACCAAUUAAAGAUCUGGCAAAGCCUGGCCCUGCCCUUCUAAGUGUCUUUAUAGGACUAAAUGGUACAAGUAAGGAGCUGAGUUGUCCCAAGUACAACCAUUGGGCAUUCGACAGUGAGAACAUAGGAGAGGAUAUUGUCAGCUACCUAGCCCUGAGUAAAGAGGAUGCUAAGAAUGCAGAUUGCCCUCUCAUGUUCAUCUCAUUCCCUGGUACCAAGGAUGACACAUAUUUGACACGUUACCCAGAUAAGGCAGCACUCAUCAUCAUUGGAAUUGUGAAUUACGAAUGGUUUGAACCCUGGGAAAACCAAAGAGUUAUGAAGCGUGGAGACGAGUAUGACGAUCUGAAGAAUGCUAUUGGACAAAACAUGUGGAAAAAAGUAUUGGUGCAUUAUCCCCAGCUUGAGGGACGGCUGGCUUAUAUGAAUGUUGGCAGCCCACUUUCCAACAACUACUACAUAGGCUCUAAUAGAGGAGAGUGUUACGGGAUGGCCCACAACAGUCCCAGGUUUUCAGCGACAAACAGCGCUCAUCUACGUCCAAAGACUGAUAUACCAGGCCUCUUUAUCACUGGGCAAGAUGUCUUGACUUGUGGGUUUGCUGGUGCAUUAUUUGGUGGAAUCUUGUCGGCAUCAGCCGUGCUUGGGCGCAACACAUUCAUUGAUCUGUUAGUCCUUAAGCUGAAGCAGUAUCUCCGUGGACAGGCACUCAGUGUCCCGACCUUGGCCUGUAAGCAGCAGUGACACCUGUUGGUGGGUGCAAGUACCAUGGUUACAUGUAUGUGUAUUACACACUGAAUCAUUAGAAACAUUUUAAGCUAUUACAUUUUAUUCAGCAGUGUCCUAUAUUUAGAGUAAUCAAUUGUAUGCUAGAGAUACUAAAUUAUGAAUUAUAAGUAGGACAUUAAUGGGCUUCGGGUAGUUCGAUGUGAAUGGUUCUCUUAAAGGGGCCACAAAAAUGUGCAAUGAGAAACAAAAGGGCUUAUGCAGGGGUUCAAGGCACUUGCCCCCCCCC